AGCCUUUUGGGGAAUGGGAGUAGGGAUUGGUUGCGGUGUGGGUUGGGGUCCUGGUUUUGGACCUGAGGUGAUUGGAUAUGUUGGUGCCGGAUGUGGAAUUGGAUUUAGUGUCGGUAUUACUCUAGUUGGUUUUGGCAUUGGCCUUCCUGUAUAUACUCUCAACGAUGCUCCUAAAGCUUUAAUAGCCACAAGAAGCAAUACUUGGGACAUUCCAUCUCAGUUUCGGAGAUUGCAACAGAAGGCAAAUGACAGCUUUUCAUACUUGAAGGACUUAGAUAUUUUGAAAGGGACAGAUAAAUUCGAUGGAGAAAAUGCAAUAUCUUCACAGAGAAAGGCUAUUUCUGAAAGUUCUGAAGUAUUGAAGGAAAAAGAUUCUGAAUCUGAUAGAGAUAUCAAAGAUUGAUACUAGUGAGGCUAGAUCAUGGCAAGCAAAAGCUACAUAUGAAGAGCAUAUUGCACUUUGUAGGUUUGAGUAUAGAAAAUCCACAUUGUAAACCAUGGCCAUCAGGUCUGACAUGCUCAUAUCUAGGACGGAGCUUUGUGAGCCUGAGCUAUGUGGAGUGAAGCAAAAACUAAUAUGAAGAGCAUAGUGGGAUUAGCUUCGGAAGUUUUAGUAUGACACAUCUACCUUGUGGAUUAUGUCCAUUAGAUCACCUCCGAAUCCAGUAUUCAAAUUCUUUUUAUUCAUGUGUGAUUGUAGAGCUAAAUUUCCUCUUUUGACAGUUUCAUGUAAUUCCCAUUGGCAUUUUAAUAAAUGACAUUAGCAUGA